AUUGAGCAACUGAUAUAUCGCAAAUACCAAAUCGUGCCAACUGGUCUGAUCCCUGUUGCCGAAGAUGCAUGCGCUCAGGAGAUUCAAGACGCAGCCCACUUCGACUCGCUUAGAGCUCUGCCUAAGCUCAGGGAUGGCGACAAGGAAGAAAAGGAAGAACUGACCGAAGAACAAAAACGCGAAAUGGCAAACCGCAAGCUCGAAGAAAAAGCUCAUGCCUUCCGACGCAUAGCCCCAAUCGCCAAAGACAUUCACGAGCUUAUGGCACGCAAAAAGGUUUUCACCCAAGAUGAAGACAACCGAGUCAACAUCCAGAUGGUUGAACAACCCGAGCUUACAUCGUUCCUACGCAUCCGCCACAGCCUACAUUAUCGCGACGCUGAUGUCCCUGACAAGCAACCUAGCCGCAACAUCUACAUCGACCUCACAUACAACAACACAAACGGUCGUCAAGGCGAAGAAGGCAAGGACAUCGACUACUACAACACUCACCGAGUCGUGGACGUCAGCGAUCCCGCUUGGCAGCCAUACCUCGAGAAGAUCUUCCCUCAAACCAAGAAGCAUGAGGACUACUUUGUCACCUUGUAUGGGUCGGUCAAAGUAUCAGGCCUCCAUCUAUACUUGAUCACGUUCAAGCAUAAUGAGAAGCACUGCACCGGAAAUCUCAUGACUCGUCAGGAAGAUGUCACCGCUUUGAACACUGAUCUUCGCACCGUCAUUGAGGCAGAGCCGGCGGUCUUUGUACUGGUCCGCGCUGACGACGAUCUGCCCAUCCAUGUUCAGACCUUGGUUGAUCGCUUUGUGGAUUUGACCCGAUAUAAUCCACUGAAUGAGUUCUUCGAGCAGCCCAAGAACCCCAGUCUGAGCGACACUGGCAUCAAGAAGAUGGAAGAAUUGCCAGUUUUCACAGCAUUCCCUCAAGCCGUCUAUGACGUGUGGCAGACCUACUCACAACAAUUGGGCAUUGCCGGAUUGUUGGAGCAACGCUUUUCGAUGGGAACUCAUAUUUACGAUGCAACGGUUGCCGUCGUCCCAAUCCCCGCAACCUUCCUCGCUGUCGCCAACGUUUUCAUGUCAUACCAUUUGCAAGCCAGCAUCAAGUAUGAUGAGGAUAAGCCAAGGCUUAUGCCAGGAGACACGGUUAUUGUGGAGUUUGAGCCGCGGGAUGAGGCUUCCUCUGCAUCUGAAAAGGCAUGGAAGGGACGAGUCAGCGAACCAACUCAAGCUACACCCAUGGGCGCCAGCAACAUUAUUGUCGAACGCCCCAUCAAAGACGGAGAACUGUUGGAUGAUAAAGAACACUCCAUUAUCACCAUGAAUGCGCUGGGCAAGAUGUCAGCACCGCAACUGAUUCGAUGGUGCCAGGACAACUUCAAGGUCAAGAUCAAGAUUUUCGCGCAAGGUGACGCAAAGGAAUGCAAGAGGCUCAUGAACAACGUCCGAGCUAUGGAGCUUCCCGAAAGUCAGAGAGAAACACAUGAAGAAAAAGGGAAGAUACUCGAAGCAGCGCGCAACACUCUUCUGUGCACCAACCACCUACUGUCGACCACGACCCCGCUCUACGAUGAUGUUCUCGAGAACCGCGAUGCCAGUACCACCUACAUACAAGAAGUCCUUCGACCCCAUCAGAAGGAAAUCUAUGACAAAUGGAUGAUGGACGGCGUCUACGACAAGACUAUCUGGCUCACAGGUCCUUCAGGAAGCGGCAAGACAUACCUCGCUGCUGCAACAGUGCUCCCAUACCUGAACAAGGUAACGACCGCCACCGACCCGACCACCGACCCGACCGCCGACCCUACCGACGAACCCACCGCUGACGCCGAAGAAAGCGCACCGACCAAAGGCUCCGCAGACUCGGAUGCUAAACAAAUGGGCGAUGUUGAGAUUGAGCAUGGACGGAUCACAAUGCUAGCAAUGCAGAACGAAUCGGUUGACGCCGAGUACGUGCUGAUGAAAGCCAUGGCCGAGCAAUACGCAAAGGACAUGUGUCUGCCUAAGCCAAUGGUCCUGCGCAUGCACGGCAGAGAAUCAGAACUCGCGGCCGUUAGAGCAAUGACGCACCCCUUGUAUAACCCCAACGAGCACAAGCCUAGGUUCAACGUUGACACGUCUGUCACGGUUACGGAAGAAGUCCCCAUGAGUCUGCUGAACGCAUACCUGGCAGCAUACCGUGGUGGAAGCCCGUGGAUCUCGGACCGACGCUUGAAGCACGUUGAUGGUGCAGCAGCCCGAUACAUCCUGCAGCUCGCCCGUUUCCCAGGCUUUGACGUUUCACAGGAACUGCGCGAUACUUUCUCUGCGCAAGAACGAGAAGAGUUCGCCAAGAGCCUGAAGCCUGUCAUCAAGGGACAUCAAAUGAAGCGAACUCCAGAAGGCAUUAACGUGGAGCUCAAGAUACAGAUCGCCCAGGCAGCAAAGGCAGCCCUGGAAGCCUUACUCGAACGCGCCGCGGUCGUAUGCACCACAGUCUCAGUCGGCACGCAGAUGAGUUUCAACAUGAUCCGCCGGGCCCAUGCCGUCGUCCUGGAGGAAGCCGGCAGAGCCAAUGACACGGAGACGGUGGGUAUCCUCUCCCAGUAUUGGAACUGCGGCCUCAAGAUACUUGGCGGAGCCACGAAUCAGCUGCGGCCUAUGGCUUUUGGAAACCCGAAGCAAAACCCUUUCCAAAAGACGCUCGAGAUGGCUACUAUCGCAAGGCUUGAAGCCACUGGUGGUGAUGUAAACAGAUUGCUGGCCUCCUCCCGGUACCGAAACCAACAGCUGUUUGACUUGUGCGCGACGGUCAACGACAUGCCGACAAUGGUACCCGUCCAAGGCGCUUUCGACGAUGCAUCGUCACAGCAGUACGCCAACAUCAACAAGAAGAUCUGGAAAAUUGACAGCAACCUUAUCUUCCUUAAUACCGUCCACACCACGGAACAGAGAGAUGCAAACCGCUCCACUUACUGUUUGGAAACAGCCGCCGUCGCCAUCAAGGAUGCAGUCGAACGCGUCCAGUACAUUGAAGGAAAACACCAUGUCAUCAUUACUCCGUACAACGCUCAAGUUGGAGUUUUACGCCGGGAGCGCGACUUCGCCGCCUACACUGCACAUACACGACGCCAGACCGCUAUCGCAAAGAAGCUGAUGGAUAUUGAGAUCACCACUAUCGACUCAUUCAUGGGCAAGGAUCGCGAGUCAGUGACAGUAGACACCGCAGGAGUCAUUGGCCACCUGUUUGAAUACGGACGUACUGUCGUUGCCGCUACUCGCGCUCGGACCUCCUGCCAGUUCAUCGGCCCCACCAUGAACUUCACA